CCCGGAUACAUGACUCUGGCCUUCAAUAUUCAAUGAUGGAUAUCGCUAUUCAUUCAACUCAGCUCUUGUUCUUUGAAACACGGGACUUGAUCCUCCUCGCAUCAGCAAUAUACUCUCAGCUUUCGGGAUUCCCAACGGCAUGUUCCAGAUAUUCUUCUUUCCCCCGUUGCAUGCUCGCCCUGGCAAAAAGUCAUAUGUCUGUAGUGUUGCCUUUGGCAUUCCAAUUCCCAGUCAUCAACGCUCUUGCUCAAAGGAGAGGACCUAUGACGACUGUAUGGCUACUUGUCGCCGGCCAGCUCGCACCUGGAGCAAACAUGAACUUGGCCUUCGAUACGCUCUUAGUAAAGUUUCUCGACUCAUGGGUUCUUGUGCGGCAUGCGUCUUCAUGUUCAUCGCAACUGCGACACCUAAUCGACGGUAUCUGGGUGCGGCCAAUGAGUUUUCACAGAUGAUCAUCUCGAUUGUGCGCACUUCUGGCCCAGCGUUAGCGGACGCGGUGUUCUCUUUCUCUAUCCAGCAUCCUCGGUUUCCUUGGCUAAUUCAUUUUAUUGCAUUUCUCGCGUUGGGCGCAUCCCUUUCACUAUGUAUCCCGUCAAGGAUUGUGAUCGACUUCAUGCAAUCUUUUUCGACUGCCGCAAACUUGAAUCAUGCGUUCACAGAUCUAGAUAAACAGACGUGUAAUCGGCUGUCCUACCGCUAUAGCAUACUAGCUCCUUUAUGAAGUCACUCUUGACUGUCCAUGCAUACCCUAUGGCCAUUAAUACCAGCUCAAUU